UGUUAAAACCUUUGUUGGAUUAACAACAAAGGAGGAAAAGAGCCAAUUCGAUUUAAGUAGAAAGUGGAUUUGCAUUUAAUGUGCAGCCAUUGCUGUUUUGAAAAUGCAGAGGAUUAGCGUGGGUGGGGUCUGAUAAUUAUCGGGAUCUCAGCCACGUGGGGAGGGAGGGGAAUUUCCUGCAGACCUUCUGAGGGCCAAACAUCAGUCGUCCCCAACUCAGCUGUGAGGGUCCGAAGCACAACAGCCUCGUUUGUCAAGCAAGUCAGGUUUGAAGCAACUUUCCUCACCGCGGCGAUUGCUGUUUGGGGCAGCAGGGUGCUGCUGCACCGCUGCUUGCAGCCAAAAGCUCUGCUUCUUUACUCGCAGAAGUAAAUCCCUCUGAGUUCAGUGGGCCGUACUCCUCUCAGCAUUCUAGUGACAUGAGGCCUUAAAUGACGUUCACACAUGCAGAACAUUGGUUGGCAGAAUUAAUGGCACCUGGCCUUUUCUGGUUUUUGAGCUGCUAAGCUGUGCAAUUUUCAACUUUCGUGGAGCAGCAUCUACUGAAGAAGUUACUCAUUCAGCAUAUGUGAACAGAAAACUCACAGAGCAAAAGGUUUGACAUGGGCAAUAAAGUUAAACCACACUUCAUGAUGCUUUUGGCUCCUAGAAGAGUUUUUGACUAUGAUAUCCAAAGUAAACUGAUGGAGUGAAGGAUGCUGUUCAGGAAAAAGCUGUGGGGCAUCCUGGUCCUGUGCCUUGUGUUUCUGCUGUGGAAAAUUUACAAGUCUGCCACAUACAAUCUUAGAGAAUGGCCCCUCACAGAGUCCCUCUGGGAGGGAAAGAUCUGCAGCCGCAACAGGUGCAUUGAGCAUAGUGAUUUGGACUGGUUUUGUGAUCACUUUGAUGCCUCAAUAAACUGCCUGCUGACUCCUGAAAAUCCAGAGGUCCCCUCAGAGGUUCUACAAUGGUGGUUGAAGCUGCAAGGAUAUCAGGAUGAGAGCCAACUCCAGGAGAUCAUAAAGCACCUGUUUGUUAUCCUUCACUCUCCUCCUGUUGGAGUCCACCAUAUUGCCCAGUGUGGAACAUGUGCUGUGGUGGGGAAUUCAGGGAGGUUGAGGGGCUCUAAAUAUGGAGAAAAGAUUGAUGCUCACCAUUUUGUGCUGAGGAUGAACACGGCACAGACGGCAGGCUUUGAGGAAGACGUUGGUACAAGAACUACUCACCAUUUCAUGUACCCAGAGAGUGCUGUGAACCUCCAUCCUCGUGUCCAUCUUGUGCUGGUCCCCUUCAAACCUAUGGAUCUGAAAUGGCUAGCUAGUGCCUUUUCCUCAGGAGAUGUUCAGCAUACAUACAAAAGAGUUAAACAAUUCAUUGAAGCAGACAAAAGCAAGGUCUUAAUACUGAACCCUUCCUUCCUGAAAUAUAUUUGGGAUAAAUGGAUGAAGCAUCAUGGAAGGUAUCCAUCCACCGGAUUCACUGCUCUGAUAUUUGCCCUCCAUACAUGUAAACAGGUCUCUGCAUUUGGUUUUGGUGCAGACAGCAAUGGGAACUGGCACCACUACUGGGAAGAGAAUCGUUAUGCUGGAGCAUUCCUCAAGACUGGUGUGCAUGAUGCUGUUUUUGAAGUAGCACUCCUUGAGAGACUAGCAACUGAAGGCAAAGUGUCUUUUUAUAAAUAGCAUAUGUUCUUCAGUUUAAAGAGACCCAAACUAGGGUUUUAAUUAGGUUUUAAUGAGCUUCUACACAAGACCUAGGGGCCCCCAUUUAGACCGCCACUGCUCUUAAUUCUUCUUCUUUGAUGGUCUUCUGAGCAGCAAGAGAUGAAAAGCGAGGGUGGGUUGGGUAAUUAAGGCACCACUUAGCUGCCCAAUAGUACUGGAUCUAGUGAAAGUAUUUUGUUAUAAACACCACAUCUGAGUGGAACAGUACAUAUUGUAAGAUAUAUAUUUCAGAUUACUACAUUAGCAAGAAUUUUAAGUUGAAAUAUGUUGAUGUGUCUUUGAAUUUGGAUAAUUCAAUUUGCUAGAUGAUUUUGUGCUUUUCUUUUUUUCAUUGAAAUUUAUGGACAAUUUGUUUUCAUAGAAUAGUAGAGUUGGAAGGGCCCUAUAAAGCCUUUGAGUCCAACCCCCUGCUUAAUGUAGGAAUCCACAUUAAAGCAUACCUGAUA